AAUAUUUCGGGAAUCUCGUUGUUUACCGUGUGAUUGGCUUCAAAUCUGAAGAAAAGGCCUCGACAGAAGCCUGAGCCUGAGCACGCGCACGCACACACACACUAUAACAGAGCACGGUCGGCUGUGAUAUAAAAGCAGAGUACACGGAGUGAGAGAGAUGAGAUUGAGUCAGUGAUCUGGAAUGGAAGAACUGGUCAGUAGUCAGUCAGACGUUGUUGGCAGACUAGCAUUCAAAUACAUGAUGUGUAAAGUGGACUCCAGCUCAGACUCAGAAUCCGAGUCUAACCCGAGAGGGUCUGACGUCAGCAGCAAGGGCUGUGACAGCAGCGCUCCAGAGGCUCCUCAGACUCUCCAGCGCUUCACUGGACAACACCAACAGAGCCUGGAUCCCUAUGAUGGCAGUUCUGAAGACUCUGGUUCUUCUGCUGAAGGGUCAAAGAAGCAAAGGCUCGGCGGGUUCCGGGCGAAAGGGACGGGCCGCAGAUCUGCUCCCGGAGAAGUGAGGGCGAGGUCAGGUGCUGCAGAUGUUCAGAUGCGGUCAUCCAGCGACUCGGAGCAGGAGACACCAGACCAGGGCCUCUGCUCUCCCUGUAAGAGCCUAAUGUGUGUAAAAGCGGAUCUGUCCGACUCCGGAUUCAACACCAGAUCCUCCCUGAACUCUCCUGCCGUGCCCUCCGCCAGAGACACCCCAUCUCCAGACAGCCCUGCUCUCCAUGCAGCGUUCUCCAAGAGGAAGUUCUUCCCGCCGCCAGGAGACGCGGAUGAUGGGAUGCAGAGGAAGCGGCAGUGCAUCAGUGAUAUGGAGGUGGAGAGCGUGGCUUUCUGAGGUCAGGAUGAACUGACCGCACAUGGACAUCAGAUUCACCGCACGUGUGGCUUGUGAAGGGUUUUCCUGUUCAGUCGUUUGGAAAUAGAGACACUCUAAUAAGAGAAAGAGGUUUAAAACCCAUUUGAGAAGAGUUCUUCAUUCCCGACUACAAUAAAUCAAGACUAAUAAACCUAACCUUAACUCAUGAUUUCUUGAGUAAAAUG